GUCCAUCCCUCAGACAUGCAGAACAGGAUCUAAAAAAUACACACUUAUUAACAGUUAAGAAGGAGAUAAGUCUACACUAACCUCCAAAUUCUGUACGGACUUGGCGUAAAUGUUUUCUGGACUAAAGGAAUCUACCUAUAUUUCAUGUAUUAAGUAUUAUUUCAACUAUUUCAACGGACUUAGCGUACAUGACUUCUGGACUAAUUGAAUCUACACAUAUUUGAUGGAUUCAGUAUUAUUUCAACUGUGUGUGUCUAUCGAUUGACCAGAGUGUAUAUUUUGAGCUCAAUGACUAAAACCAUUUUUAAAGAUAAUAGUUAUAUUUAUUUUUAUUCAUUUUGUACUGUCUAUCGAACAACAGUCUUUGUAAGAAGGCCCUUUUUCAUGGGAACACCUAUUCAAUACAACUUAUGCUGUAUCUUUGUUAAAUUGCUUGGAUUGCCUUAAACUUUGUAGAAUAAAGGAUAUACUUGACAAGAUCGGAGUGGUAGUCGAAUCUUAUUCUGACAAUGGGAUUGAUGAGAGAACAGUUUACUUUAACAUUGUUAUUCAUCCUGUUUGCUAUUGGAUUUCUUGUGCAUAAUGUGAGUGGAGCAUGUCCGCGGCCGGUUUUCAUGAAUCCUUACGCAAUCAUCCUCGACCCCGAUCAGGAAUCUUACAAUACAAAUUUAGGAACGAGUCCCAGGUGCGAAGAAGGGCACACUUCUAGUGGUUUCCCGCAAGCAAUAUAUUGCGGAGGAAAUGGAGCCUGGGAUGUUGAUAUAUCUGAUGGUGUCUGUUAUGCUGAAUGCAACAUAACUGAGAUAAUUCAAGAUGAUGAUAUCAUGGUCACUAAUGAUAAUAAUGAACAACAAACAAUUUUCGACCACGGAGAAGUAGCUAGCUUUACAUGUAGUGACAAAGGGCAAUUCACAGGAUCAGAUUUAGGAACGUGUGACAAUGGCACUUUACUUGUGGCUGCCAAUCCAACAUGUUUAGCAUAUUGCCCAGUGGUCCUCAGUGAUCUUGGUGUCGGUCUUUCAUUUACGGUCGCCGAUACACCAGUUAUCAACGAGACCACUACAAUUUACUAUAGGGAUGGAGAUGAAGUAACAUAUAGCUGUACAGACGGGUAUGGUGACUGUACAUCCGACGAUUGCACCAGUACUUGUGUAGACGGAUCUUGGGAUCCACCUGAAAUUCCGGUGUGCGUAGGGCCCUCUGCUAAUACCACGGUACAGACACCAAGCAGCACAUCUACAGAUGGAACGAGAUUAUCAACCAGAAUUCCAUCUUCAAUGAGUUAUGAUGUUACCACCAGUACUCGUAGAAUGCCAACUACUGAAAUCGAUGAAUGCUCUUCGACCCCAUGCCAGAAUAACGCCACCUGCGAGGAUCGGAUCAAUGGAUACCGAUGCCAAUGUGCUGCAGGAUUCAAUGGAACCAACUGCGAAGAGAAUAUAAAUGACUGUGUAGGUCAUGCCUGCCAAAAUGGAGGAACUUGUGUUGACAAAACUGACUCAUACGAAUGUCAAUGCCCUGACGGUUUUAAUGGUUACCGUUGUGAAAAUGAAAUGACGACCAUGGUGAUGAUGACGACGGCAGAAAACGUUACAGCGACUGAAAGUGGCUUGACGACGGUCACUGAUAAUGUCACAAUUACCACUUCAGGUAUGACGACAUCAAUUACCGGCGCGACCACAGUCACUUUAGAUGUAACAACUGUCUCCGUCACGUCAGAUGCUAACACAGUCACUCCUGAUACUUCAACUGUCAUGUCGGAUGCUACGACAGUUAAUGCCGACGUGACCACUGUUAUGUUUGAUGUUACGACGAUAACUCCUGAUGUGACCACCGCCAUGACAGUCACUUCUGACGUGACAAGUGUCACAUCAGAUGUGACAACUGUUACUCCACGCAUUACAACCGUCAUUCCCGACACAACCACUUCCCUUCCCGACACAAGCACUGUCAUGUCAGAUGUGUCCACGGUCUUUUCAGAUGCAUCCACUACCAUUUCAGAUGCGUCCACUACCAUUUCAGAUGCGUCCACUGUCAUUUUAGAUGUUACCACCGCCUUUUCAGAUGCACCCAUUUCAGACGCGUCCACUGUCAUUUUAGGAGAUACCACUACCAUGUCUGAUUUGUCCACUGUUGUAUCAGAUGUGUCCACUGAUAUUUCAGAUGCGUCCACUGUCAUUUUAGGUGCGACCACUACAAUGUCAGGUUUGUCCACUGUUGUAUCAGAUGAAUCCACUACCAUUUCUGAUGUGUCUACUACCAUUCCAUAUGCAUCCACUACGAUUUCAGAUUCGUCCACUACCAUUUCAGAUGCGCCCACUCCCAUUCAUGCGUCCACUACCAUUUCAGAUGCGUCCACUGUCAUUUUAGGUGCGACCACUACCAUGUCAGGUGCAUCCACUACAACACCGGAUGCUUCCACUGCCAUUUCAGAUGGAACGUCGCAUAUACCUACCACAAACCAAGCCACAACAGUAUCGUUUACAACGAUUCCAGAGAUAACUACUUCUGCAACAGCGUUGCCAGAGACGACAGAGGCCAGCUCUAAUCAAUCAACAUCACCUGAGGCAAAGGAGACCACGGCAACUAAACCAACAACAUCCACUACAACACCGGAUGCUUCCACUGCCAUUUCAGAUGGAACGUCGCAUAUACCUACCACAAACCAAGCCACAACAGUAUCGUCCACAACGAUUCCAGAGAUAACUACUUCUGCAACAGCGUUGCCAGAGACGACAGAGGCCAGCUCUAAUCAAUCAACAUCACCUGAGGCAAAGGAGACCACGGCAACUAAACCAACAACACCCCGGAGAACAGAAAAGCCGCAAACUACUCCUUUGCCUUGCAAAGGAGAGUGCCUAGCCACCCAGGUUUGUAACGUAAGGAACAACACGUGCGAAAUUCAAUGUAGAUCGGGAUACUACGAAGAUGAAACAGACUCAGAAAUUCCGUGCAAAGAGCCGGUCAGUAUCGACGUAACUCUUACGAUCACUGAGGUCAACGGUACAGCUGCUAAUUUUACUGAAGAAUUAAAUAAUUCAACGAGUAAAGAAUUCAAAGAGCUUGAAAGCAAAGUCUGUCAACCGUUUAAUGAAAUUUACGCCGACGAUCCUGAGUUUGUGGGAUGUCAAGUACUUAAUUUCAGUCAAGGUAGCAUUAAAGUUAACUACGUUUUGAAGUUUGCUGAAAAUUCAACACAGAAUCCCUCAACUGUCAAUCAGACGAUACAGGAUGACCUUGUAAAUCCUAAUGGAUCAUUUGCUGACGAAUUCACAAUUGACCCCGAUUCCCUCGUCGUUGAACCUUUGAACGAAUGUAACAAGAAACUUGACGUUUGUGAUGAAAACUCAAAGUGCAUAGAUGAGGAUGAAAAAGGAUACACGUGCAAAUGUAAUCCUGGAUAUGAAGAUAGUGUUGGAAGUUUACCCGGCCGAGACUGUAUUGAACGAACACCAACCGAACCUCAAACGACUGAGCCUCAGCCAACUGAACCAAAGACUACCAAGGAGCCUGAAGAACCAGGACUAGUGCCGUGGAAGGUGAUAGUUGGCGUGACGGUCCCCAUCGUUGGUAUAUUGACCAUCAGUACCAUCGGGUUGACCUGUUGGCAGUACCGACGUCAGCACCGGACGUCGCCGUCGCCCUCGAAAAAGCUGAAUACUUUUCCAUACGAUGAUGAUUAUGAAGAGGAUAAAAGAAACUCUUUGGAUCGUGAGUCUGGAAGACCGGGAAGUAUGAGGAUUAUAAAUAGCGACGGCACAGUACAAGAGGUGGUCUUACCGUGGCGCAAUUUCGCACCCGAGGCUGAGUUCGUCUUCGGACAGGACAACAACAAAAGAGAAACACAAUUGCUCCCCAUGGUCGACUACCCCAACGAAUACUCCGGGUCGACUUCGGAUGAAAAUGACCCAAUGAGAAACAUCCAUGGCGCAUUUGACAACUAUACCUACGAGUACCACGAUACGAGAAAAAACACAACUGAAAUAGAUCAUUCCAAUUUUUUCUGAACGAACAUAAAUUAAGUAUUUAUUGAAAUUUUCAAUAAAAUUUGUAAAAUAAAAAAAUAAAAUAGAAUUUUAAUGUAGUGUCUUACAAAAAAUUACUAUAUCUCAUUUAAUGAUGCCUUACAAAUCUUAACUGAGAUAUUAUUAUGCAAUGAACUUCAUCAUAGAAAAAAUUAAAUGAAUGAAUGUAAUUUCUCUAAAAAUUCAUCUUAUAUAUAUAUAUAACACUCGACAGAAUUUUCGAUUCUUUUAGAUGAUCACCAGGCAAUGAAAUAAAUGAAUAAAUUGUGUAUUUCAUUGAGUAUUUUUAAACAGGGCGCAGGGCAAAAAAGACUCUGUGAUUGACUUAAUUAAAUACAAUCCUUGCAUGGCUAACAUCAAGAAUGACAACAUAUUAGAGUUCUCUCUCUUUCUCCCUCCCCCCCUCUCUUUCGCCGUCCCCUUUCUCUGAAUUUGGAAUUAUAUUGUCUCGACUUUAAUGUUUUUGGUUGAUCAAGACAAUUAUCAAAUGGAUUUUUGUUUCUCCGUCCGAUUCUUAUUAUGAUUAUGUUAUACUUAAUCAUGCUCAUUGUAAUGCAUGGGGUAGCCUGAAUAUACGUCCCACUAAUAUGAUUAUUAUUUUAUACAUUAUGUUGGAAUUUUAACAUGUAUCUGAAUAAUAUUUUUUUCGGAUUCCUUGUAUUGUUCGCCAUAUAUUAUUUUCAUUUCAUAUGUGUAUAUCACCAUUUCACCAUUUGAUCUAUUUCAGUACUCGUUAUAUUAGGCAAACUGGAUGAGUUAGUACAGUGAUUUGAAUAGCCUGAUAUUAGACUAAUUGGUAAUUUAUUGGAUCAAAUACUAUAAAUAGACAAUAUGACCUUAUUCAUAUGGAGUUAAUAUAAAUAUGAUAUAUAUAUUCUAAAUUAGAUUAUUCAACCAUCUUUUAUGUCCAGCUAGGAUGGUCAUUGUUACAUAGCUUAUCUAGAAAAAAAAGUUCAAUUAGCUCUGUUUAAACGUUUUUAACCUACUUAUUGGUCUUCCUAUUAUCUUAUUAUAUUAUAAUGGUCAACAUGCAUGACGAUAUCUCUGUUCUGUGUAUUUAUCUUCUGUGGGGAUACAGUUCUUUUUCUUGGAAUGAUUGAGACUAUUGUUUUUUACAUUCUAAUUUAGGAUAAAUAUCCUGAAAUCCAGAAUCAGAUUUUAAACCAUCUAUUGAUGUUCAGAAUGUCCAUUGGUUCUGACUGACUUGACAGUUUGGUCAAAGUUAUUGACCUCUUAAUUCGUUUUUUUGCCAUGUUUAACAUGCAUGACGGUUUUCAUUUAUUUCACAUACUUUCUAUUGAGAUAAAUCUUAUUCUAGAAUGAUAGAAAGGAGGACGUUUGUCUUUUACUCUCAUUGGGUAAAUAAUAAUACUGUCAAUUUAAAUUACAAAAAACAGACUGUUUAACCAUCUUUUACGAUGCUCUAAAUGUUUCUCUUUUAAAUGUUUUUUUUAGGGGUGGGAGGGCUGUGGUGAUUGUGUUUGUAUAUUCUUUCUUGAAAUGUAUUCGAUUAAGUUCAGUGGUUUAUUUUCGUAAUUAUAUAUAUAUGUGUGUGUGUGUGUUGCAUAUGCAUGUAUUUACGUUUUAAAGGACCCCAAUGAGGUACAGUGAUAUUUUGUUAAUACCGCUGAAAUGGGCCAUCCAUAUUUUAUAUGAUGAAUACAAAUUGGAAUAUGUAUAUAUUUAAUUAUUUUAUAUUUAAAUAAAUACAAACGGACAAACAAAAGGGGGGGGGUAAUCUAUUAGUACAAUACUAAUUUUAGAAUGCUGUAAAUCGUGUCUAUAUGUGCUUUUAAUUUUUUGCAUUUUUUCCAUUCACCUUGAUAAGAACAAAGAAAAUUAGGUUAUCAUUUGAAACAUUUAAUUGAUAUUUAGUUACCGAACUGGUGGUGUCGAGAAUCUGUUUAUCUGACGGUCAGUCGGAUCAGGGUCGCCCGAGCCACUAGAAUUCGUCUCUGUGGUCUAGUGUUUAAGGCACCGGCGUUCAAAGCUGGGGCCCCGGGUUCGAUUCCCGACAGAGAUAUUUUUCCGGCAUGACCAAAGUUUUCCAAAGUGCAGAUAGGUCUGGGAACCUUGAUUUAAGCUACGUCUACUAUUGUUCUCUUCAUUCAUUUCUUUC